AUGUCGCAGCGCAUCACGCCGCUGACGCGCAAUCAGCUGCUAGAGCUGGAGGCGCUUGUGCGCAAUUUAAUCAGCGCCGUCACGCAGCAGCACGCACAGCCGUCAGCAACGCCCGCCUCAGUGGGGGAGCAGAGUUGGCCACUCAGCGCUUCAUCGACGCCGACGUCAGUGAGUCUCUCGAACAGCGAAAGCUGCGCGAAAGCUUAUGCGUCCACACCGCUCUCAAACGGAGGCGCGGGCGGCGGCCUCUCCGCCGCCUCCUCCUUCCCUGGGACGCUGCGUGAUGCGCAGGCGCCCCCGUUACCGGUUGCCGCACCACCUUACCAAGACGACGAUCCCUCGUCCUACCUUGUGGACGGCGGCGUCGGCCACCCCCAUCACCGUCUCAAUCAUCCCCAGCCCGACCCAGCUGCAGCAGCACCGGCUGAUCACGCCGUUCUGCACGGUGCCUUCGUUGACGUGUUUGCCGACCCGUGGACCGCCACGACGUGGCGACUCUACGACAAGAUCGAGUAUAUCGUUUGGUGGUCCUAUCGACCGCCGAGCUGCACGAAAUGCGGCAUGCAGGACGCGUGGAUGCCGUCCGGCGACGUCGAGUUCCAGUGCGCCUUCUGCUUGAGCGGCGCUGGCACGACUCGCAGCAACGCCAUUGUGGAGGACACGACGGCGGCGAAGCAGGAUCAGGCCGGCAUGGAGGACAGCGGCGACGACGACGACGACGACACUGGCGGCUUUGCUGCCGUUGGAGGCCGCGCCCGUGCAGGGAAGCAGCCCGGCAGCAGCGGCAGCGGUGCAGGCGGCGGUGGCCCCAUCGACGCGUACAUCUUCUUCUACGAGUGGUUGCAGCGCAUUCCCCUCUUAGAGCCAGCAGGGCCCAUCUCGGCGGCCAGCGCUGGCGGCUCAGGCAACCGCCUGGACGGCGCAGCGAGGCCAGCUAGCCAGCGUGCCCCGGCGUCAUCGUCGACCAAAGGAGCAGGCACUCAUGCAGGUGUCUUUCCAUCUUCCGCCGGCGGCAGCCAUCGCGCUGAGCAGCAUGGCGGCGCAGCGGCCAGCAACGCUGCCAGCACAGGAGCAGGUGGAGGGGCAGGCAGCAGCAGCAGCGUUCUCCUACCGGCGGGCGAGUCGCUGCCGAUGGUUCUCCGGGCGGCGUACGACAUGGGGACUCUGUUGACGACCCCCGGGCUCCCGCGCGGCACGGCACCCGGCCUUCGGGCAGCUGCCUUGUAUCUAAGCCUCCUCCUCCAUCGCUUUGUGUCGCUGUUCCCGCUAUUCUGCCUAGCCGGGCGUAUCCCGGCCUCCGCAGCACCCGUAGGAGCCACAGCGUCGGCAACAGUGGAAACUAGCCAGUACCGUGCGCCGCACAAGGCGGCGGGGGCAGAGGCCCCCUGCGCUGACGUGGAGCUGCAGUGGGUGGACGUGGAGUUGAUCGGCGCCCUCCUCGGCGUUUCCGCGCCAUCCUUCUUUGAGUCGACCGAGGUGUCGCUGCAGCACCUGCAGAACGUCUUCACGGUGGCCGCCGCGUACGGCGUGCCGAGUGUGCUGUGGCACCCGGGGCGCGUUCCAGGACGCGUGGAGACAAUGAAGGCGCUGAAGGACAAGAUCGAGCCGCUCUGUCCCGUGCCAUUCGCGGCGGCAGGUGUAUCAGGGCUCUGCCCAGAGCACACAGCAAUGAUCGUCGCCCUCGAGCUCGCGCGGCGGGUGGAUGCGCAGCCGAUCGCCGUCUCCUCCACCUCGCCUGCGGCAGCGGCGCAGAACGCGCAGCGUAUUGGGAUGUGGCUCGACGCCCUCGGGCUGUACCCCACGCGCAGAGCGUACCGCGAUGCGCACAGCUAUCACCAGUACGUCGUGACGACAGAGAAGAGGCAGGAUAGCGGCGACGGCGCAGCCGACGGUGAUGCAGCGCAAGACCGCCACCGCAUCUUGGCCUCGUGGGAGAAGACGCUGACUGAGUUGGCAGGCAUGAAAGACCUGCAACUGCUAGCCGCGGCCGAGCGGCACACGCGCCGGCACGAUGGCAACGUUGACCGCGCCAAGCAGCUCUUCCUCACGACGACCACCUCGCCCUUCUACAAGCGCUUCGAGUGGAUCCUCACCUCUCCGUGUGCGAACGCGCUCCUGCACGUGUUUGCGGCGGUGUUCCGCAUGACCCCAAUGGAGUUGGCGGACAUGGCGCUACGCAGCGGCAUCUACCAAGGACCCGCGAGUGGCUUCGUCGCCACGCUGCGCACGGCGGUGCUGCGUGGCGCCUACGACGUCAUGCCGCUGGCCCGGCGUCUGUCACCGCUGACGUCGUCGUGGAUGUGCACGUACCUGGCCCUGCACUCCGGCGACCGCCUGCCACUGCUCACGGCGCUGCACCAGCUGAACGAUGCGCAGAACUCCACACGGGACCGGCAAGCGGCGCUGACGCGGCUGGUGCAGCGCGUUCUCCGCAAGCAUCAGGCCCCACAGCUGUACCAGUUGAACUUUGUUCUCCGCGUCACGGACGAGGUCGAAAAGCACUUCAACGGCGUCUACUUCCUGUCGAGCGUCCUCUGGCAAGAAGGCCUCGCCAUCUUCACGUGCCUGCGGUCCGGUCGCAAGACAAUCACGCUGAACCGGUACACAAAUCGCAUGUCCCUGUGUUACAUGAACGCCAAGGAGAAGCAUGUCGACCACCUGAGCAUGCACAUCGUGCCCCCAGUCGUGGCGGCGGUGGAGACGGAGGCGACACGGUUGGUGAUGGAGAUGGCGCUGGGUAUCAGCACUGCGUCUGUCGGUGACCCAUGGGGGAACGUUGUUCGCUGCCUCGACAAGUGUGCACGCGUGCGGCGCCGCAUGCGAGUACCGAUGCUGGCGUCGCGCCUCGACGCACUCGCCUCCAUCCGCGAGCACGCCAGCACCGUCGCUCGUCAGCUGCAGCAGUUCCCGUCCUUUUUUGGCGGCGCCGGCGGCCAACUGAUCUCGAUGGGGCCGACGCUGCUGGGGUGCGGUGACGCAGAGACGCUGCUGGCCUCAGCGCCACCCCUGGAUGUGCAACAGCUGCGUCGCGAUCUACAGUGGAACUACCUUUGCCUGCCGCACGUGUCGCUCCUCGCAGGGCUCUCUGAAGACCGCGUCGUGGCGAUGUACGCGUCGCUGGUGGGGCUCCUAGAGCUGAUCCACCUGCGCCUUGCGGAGUCGGCCGCGGCGGCAGCUGUGAGCAGCACCGCUGCAGCACUCAGCAACUGGGUGGAGGAGCUGCUUUAUGUGGACGAAGGGGAGCAGCGUGUGCAAGGGGAGGUGGACGCGCUGCAGCAGGGCUUUGGCAGUGCGGCAGCCUCUAGCUGGACACCGCCAGCUUAUCGCAACAGUCAUCCUGGCACGCCGAAGCUUUCACACAGCCCCAAGUCGAAGUUCUUGGCAGUGUCGGCCUCGACCAACGCACCCCUUGGUGGCGUUUCCUCUGCCUUUGCCGCGUCCUGCGGCGGUGGUGGUGGCGGAGGGGUGCGGUACAACAACGGCCGGCCUCGCAGUUUUUCGCCGCCGCUAGCACGGCAGCCCUACACAAUGACCCCGCCAUCUAUGGCACCUAUUCGCAGCCCCAUUCUGCGCUCUUCGACGGCCAUCUCGGCCUUUACAUCCUCCCACAACGCCGUCUCGACGCCGACAGCACAUCGCCUGCGCACCCCGCCCCCGGGGUACACACCCAGCAGUUGCAGCGGCGGCGGUGGUGAGGUGAGUCUGGCUCCCACCGCAGGAGCGCAGCAGCAGCAGCAUUCAUCCGCGAACAGUAAAAAAGGCGGCGGCGGUGGCAGCUGGAGGGCGCGGGAUGUAUGCGUCGCCGAUGGGCUGCCACUGCCGGACCUGGAGUUAGCGGAGAGCACGGCCGACAUCACAAAGCUCACGUCGAACCUGCUGUUAGGCACACGACAACAGCAGCAGUCCCUCAAGGGACAGCGGCGCCGACGGCGCGGUCGGGGCGAGAACGACGACGACAACGAAGACGAGGGCGGCGACGACGGCAGUGACGAUGAGGAUCGCGGCCUGCCGAAGGCUUUCACCGACGGGGACGGCAACGAGCAGCAGGAGAGGAUGAAGAAGAGGGCGACCGAAGCCAAUAUGGAGCGCCAGCGGUGCGACGACGUCAUGCGCCUCCUUCGGCAGGCUCUGCCGACGUACUGGGAAGUACUGCUCGGGGCAGCAACAGACCUCUCAGCGUCACUCCUGUCCACCAGCGGUGGAGACAACGACGAGGACGAGGACGAGGCCGAGUCGACCACCCGGAGCGGCAGGCGGCGCAGGGCGUCGCCGCCGGAUCGGCGUGCUCGAUGGCCAGGGCCAACGACGGCGUCGCGGUCCACGCGGCGAGGUGACGGUUGUAGCGUGGACACGGGCAAGGGAGCUGGUUCUUUGGAGUUGUCCAGUGAUGCCCUCAUCACGCACAAGCCCUUCAACGUGUUCGACGCCGAGGAAUGCCGCCGACGUCUGCGCCGCCUCUACACCUUCAUCAGCACCUACGAGCGACGGAGGAUCGCACUGCUCCAGCUGGCCGCAGAAGGGAAGCUGCCAAAGGUGGCGACUGCGGCGGCUGCCGUGCGGUCGCCGAAGUUGCACAACGGGAGCCCUCUCACCCCGGCGCAUGCCGCAGCCACCGCGGUGGGUGUCGGCUUUUCCACACCGCUGCGUCUCUCCCCUCCGCCGCGGCUCGCGUCUCCCUUGCUGCCACCGAAACCAGUUGGCGGCGAUAGUGGCACCACUGCUGCCCAACGCUCGCCACCGCACUGCCACCAAGUGUCCCCGCCCAUUCGAGCAGCUGUGCCGCAGCCGCGACAACGUGGCGAAGGCGCCGCGGGUGAUGGUGGCUCACCCCGGCCGUCACCGUCCCUCUCCCCCGUCUCGUCGUCGCAGUCGAGCCGCCUCAGCCCGCAACGGCAGCAGCAGCAUCGUUCACCGCCGCAGCAGUCCAGCGUACGCCUCAAGUCGGCACAGAAGAGCGCAUCUGGUCUCAGCGGCAGCGUAAACCCGAGUAAGCAGCGCAGCAGCAAGCACACCUUUGGCGACGUGCGUGGCAGUGGCAGUGGUGGCGCUGGUGCGGCUGCGGUAGUGGUCGAGGACGGCGUCGGUGACAACUUCACCUUGCCGCCAUCAGAGGUGGCGUGGCAGGAGUCGUGCGUCAGAGCCACUACUUUCUCGCAAGGAGCGGGGGUGGUGGCGGGAAAGGGAACUGCCCGUCGUGCGGAGCGCGUGAGCGGCGGAGGCGAGCAGGACAGACGAACAUCACCCCCUGGGCGCUGGAGCGACAAGCCGCCAGCGAAUGAGAAGGACGAGGAGGAUGAGGAAAGCCCCUCGAGCAGCAGCUCGGACGUCGAAAGGGGAGUCAAUUCCCACGGCUGCCGCCAACCCCUUCCCUUUGCGUCGAGCGAGGAUGAUGAGCAGCAGCGGCAGACGCCAUCCAUGCGGGUGAUGCAGCCGCGGAAGCGCUUGCGACCGAACAGUGACAACGAGGAUGCUGACAAGGACGCCGAUGAGGAUCACCCGCGGCGACGCACAGAGAGCAGAAACAGAGAUGGGAACACAGAUGAAGCAUCACGUGCUGAGCAGCAGCAACGUCGCAAGGCCAAGAAGACGGGUCGGCGAAGACGUCGCCAGGAGCAGACCUUGCAGCAGCACCAACAGAGGAAGCAGGUGUCGUCGCGGUCUCCGCUUCACAGUCAUGAACCAAGCAAGGAGGCCAGCUGCUCCCCAGAGGUGCGCGCUGGAAGAGGCGGGCCAGGCUCUGUUGGCAGUGUAUCAUCGAGGACCGGUUCACCAGGGCUGCCGCCUCGUCCAUGCAGAGCCGAGAUGGAGGUUAAGGGCAGCCCUGUGACACCCACCCAAACAGUGCCGUCGAUUCGUGCUCGAGCCAAGCGGUCUGCCUAUGCCGCUGCCGCCUCUGCUGCGCCGGUCGGAGAUGCGGAUCCCUACGACGCGGACACGAACUAG